UUUACAGCAUUGGACCAGAAAACCUAACCAAGCACAGAAAUUAAAAUGCACGAGAAAAGAUCAUGUGCAUUCACAGGUUGACUGGACCAUACGGGUCUAUCCUGCAUCCGCGGCUCAUGUUAGACUCACACCACUCAGUCCUAGAUCAAUGAGAAGACUGUUGAGUCUCUCUCAUUGAAUUAACGGUAAUUAGAAACAUAUAUGGAAUGAGAGACCACAGUUCACGAAUCACGACCCCAACCGUAGUUUCUGUCUGUUGAUUUCCUGAUCCUAGUGAGACCCAUAAAGAUUUUCCAAGGUUGCAAGCCAGAACAAGAUAACAACAGGAAUGGAUGACUAUACUGCUCAUAAUGUUGAUGAUGAUACAGAGUUGGGCAAAUUUUACACACAUGAAGGUGACACAUCGGAUGCUAAGGAUACAGGAGAAAUAGAGAGUAUCAUGGAACUUCUAACUAGAGUGGACUUAGACUUGGCAUAUUCUUCUGAGAAGUUGGCAAAUUUGGAUACACUUUUGAUGCAUGUGAUGUCUUCUGAAAAUGCUCUCGAAGCAAUUGCCGCGGAAAUUGAUAAUAGCUCGGAAGAUCUUAUGGAGAAGGCAUUGUUAUUUGAUUUGUUAUCUGCUAUUCUAGAUUCUGAGGUAAGAGAUCUAGACAAUUUCAUGCGUACUCUCCAAGCAGUGAUUGUUGAUGCCCAUCAGAAAAUAACUUCUUGCAGACACUUGAGAGAGUUGUUUAUUGUAAUGGAAGUCAAGUUACACGAUUCUGAAGAAUCAUUGAAGAAGUCAAAGGAGGAGGUGUUUGAGAUCAAGAUGCACUUAAGCAAGCUGCAAAGAAGACUUUUCAAUUUUAUUCAUAAUGAUUGGAAAUAUGACAGCCUUCUGGGGUUAUCAGAAAACGGUCAAGUUGCAAAUGUUGUUAUGAAGCCAAAAUUGCAGACUGUUGAUCAACAAAGGCAUAUACUAAGGAUGCUGGAGAAAUCUCUUGGAAGAGAGCUACAUCUCGAGAAGAAGUUGUCAGAUUCAAAACAAAAUGAAGAAGAUCUGAAAUUAAAGGUACGUUUAACUGAACAAGUAGCUUUGUGUAUGGAAGAGGCAGCAGAGGUUGUUUGGGGAAGGUUUUUAGAAGCAGAAAAUGCAGCAGAGGUGCUGAUGGGGACUUCAAAGGAACUGGUUGGUCGACUUCAAAUUGUUCAAUUCAAUUUAAAUGGUUCAUGUCAGCGGGAAGAUGAGGCAAACUCUAAGCUCUUUGUUUGCCUAGAGCAGCUCAAAAGCAGAGAAAAUACUUUUAAAAAGCUUGAGAGCCGCAUUUCAGAGCUUAUUGCUGAAAAUUCUGAAGUAUGCUCUUUGAGGGAGAGAGUUAAAUUGCUUGAAGAACAACUGAAAAAAUCUGAGUUUCAGCUGAAGAAUGCAAAUGCCUCCAUUGAAGCCAAUCAAGAACAACUUAGAGAGAUGGACCAUAUGGUUGAUUCUCUGAAAGAAAACAUUUAUAUUGCAGAAAGUAGAGUGCAAACUGCAGAGGCUAAGAUUACACGGCUAACAGACACAAAUGUGGAACUUACGGAAGAGCUGGGUUUUCUUAAAAAUAAUAAUGAUAGUGACACAAAGAAGGUUAGCUUACUCGAGAAGCAGUUGAGGGAAUUAGAAAUUCAACUACAACAUGCAAGGGCAUCCUCUGAAGCAAGUCAAGAGCAACAGAAUAUGUUGUAUUCUGCAAUAUGGGAUAUGGAAACUUUAAUUGAGGAACUGAAAUCAAAGGUUUCAAAAGCUGAUAUCAAGGCUGAGAAUGCGGAGGAGCAAUGUGUUGUAUUAACUGAAACAAACUUAGAGCUUAACAAUGAACUAAGUUUCAUGAGGACAAGAAUAGAAUCUUUGGAGACAUCCUUGCAGCAAGCUGAAGAUGCAAAAGCAACAAUUGCAAAGGACAUUAAUGUUAAGACCAAGUUUAUUAUGGACAUGGUUAUGCAACUAGCCAUUGAAAGGGAGCGCGUCAAGAAGCAGUUAUAUUCUUUAACCGUCGAAAACAAAAUUUUGGUGGAGAAGUUACAGAAAACAAAAGGUGAUAUAUUUGCAAGUCUGGAUGAGAAUUUAGGUGCUGAUGAUGACGAGUUCCUUUCUUCUAAGCAUGAUUCGUCUAAUGCUACUAGCACAAAACCAUUUGAGGAAGCACCAACUGAAUCAUCAUCUAGAAAUUUCCAGGUGGAUGUAUCACCAAAAGAUGCAUCUGCGUGUGUGACUGAAGUGGAAUCUUCUGUUUCUGCAAAUGAUGCCACAAAUAUGGUUCCGGAACUUGAAGCAGAUGGGACGGUAGAGGAAGGGCAACAUAAUCGAAUGUGUAUAUUCAUGGCGUUUAUUGUUUUACUUCUCUCGGUGUUAGCAACAUAUAUGAUUAACAAGAAACCUCUCCUCUCUGACGCGCUUGAUGGUUAAUGAUUCUUCACUUCCAUACCGCCGGGAAACUUUCCAGUUUAGCACAUGCAUCGUGUUCUUCCAAAUAUUGUUUGUACCAUUUCAGAUUGGUUGGGUGUGUUCUUCAUAAGUUGCUUAGCCUGCACAAAAUUUGUUACUGUAUAUUCCCAAGAUUGCUUCUUUUAUUAGGGGAAAAAAAAAAAAAAAAAGGAAGGGUAUCAUUUCUUGUACUGGAUAGUAAAAAAAAAAAAAAAAAAAAAAA